AACCAAAUGUUGUUUUAAAUAAAUGUUUGGAAUAUUUCCUUAAUCUGAUUGCGACGAGGAUUUGGAAGAAAAAAAUAAAAUAAAAAAUGUCGGAUGGUCAUGGGGAACCAAAUCAACAUCGAAAAGAGAGCGUGGCCGCUGCUAAUAUUCCAAGCGAUAGCCCCGUGACUGACCCAGGGCAGGUGCGAGGCGGGAACACGGAGCCAGCUGCGGGCAAGUUCGAUGGACCGCGCGGCAAAUCGGGCGCUUUGAAAAAGUCUGCGAGAUACAGGAGUAGGUCACUCUCUGCUUCAUCUGCGGACUCAUACAGCUCUACGUCGUAUACAGGGUCAUCAUCAGAAGAGGAUGAAGGUGUACAACCCCACGAGAAGUCGAUCGCAGCUGGCCAACCCAACCCCCCGUACUGUGUUCGUAACGUGGAGCAGCACGCAUUCGGUAGGAGAGAGAUAGAGAUAGCCGAGCAGGAGAUGCCAGGAAUAAUGGCUCUGAGGGCCAGGGCCAAGGAAGAUAAACCCCUGAAGGAUGCCAAGAUAGUGGGUUGCACACACAUAAAUGCACAGACUGCGGUUCUGAUCGAGACGCUGGCCGCCCUCGGCGCCACCGUCCGCUGGGCGGCCUGCAAUAUAUACAGCACCCAGAACGAGGUUGCCGCUGCCUUAGCACAUGCUGGGUUCGCAAUAUUCGCGUGGCGCGGUGAGAGCGAGGAAGCAUUCUGGUGGUGCAUCGACCAGUGCUGCUCACCCGCAGCCGGCUGGCAGCCCAACAUGAUCCUGGACGACGGCGGGGACGCCACGCACCUCAUGCUGAAGAAACACGCCGCUGCAUUCAAACACAUCAAAGGUAUAGUAGAGGAGAGUGUGACCGGCGUGCAUAGAUUAUAUCAGCUGAGUAAGGCGGGGAAGCUGUGCGUGCCGGCGAUGAACGUGAACGACUCCGUCACCAAAACUAAAUUCGACAACCUCUACUCGUGUCGGGAAAGCAUAAUAGAUGCUUUAAAGCGCAGUACAGACUUGAUGUUUGGCGGCAAACAGUCGGUCGUAUGUGGGUACGGCGAAGUUGGGAAGGGCUGCUGUCAAGCGCUGAAAGCGCUUGGUUGUGUGGUGUACGUGACAGAAAUAGACCCAAUAUGCGCGUUGCAGGCCGCCAUGGACGGUUUUAGGGUGGUUAAAUUAAACGAGGUGAUAAGACAAGUGGACAUAGUGAUAACAGCUACAGGUAACAAGGGCGUGGUGACCCGCGAGCACAUGGAGCGGAUGAAGAACGGCUGCGUGGUCUGCAACAUGGGACACAGCAACACCGAGGUCGACGUCCACGCCCUGCGCACGCCCGACCUGCUGUGGGAGCGCGUGCGCAGCCAGGUGGACCAUAUAAUCUGGCCUAACGGUAAACGUAUCGUCCUGCUGGCGGAGGGCCGGCUCGCCAACCUGUGUUGCUCGUCACUGCCGUCGUUCGUGGUGUCGGUGACGGCGGCCACGCAGGCGUUAGCACUCAUAGAGUUGUACAACGCACCGCAGCAUCGGUACAAGGUGAGAAACAUACAUUCUCAUCGUUAUUCUCAAUACAUAUUCUCAGUGUCGGUGACGGCGGCCACGCAGGCGUUAGCACUCAUAGAGUUGUACAACGCACCGCAGCAUCGGUACAAGGCCGAUGUCUACUUAUUACCAAAGAAAAUGGACGAAUACGUCGCUAGCUUGCACCUACCCACGUUUGAUGCUCACCUAACAGAGUUGACCGACGAACAAGCUAAAUAUUUAGGUCUCAACAAAGUCGGCCCAUUCAAACCUAAUUAUUAUAGAUACUAGCAUAAAAUAGCAUACCCCAAUAACAAUACGUGUAAACCUAGACACAAUCGGAGGUGAAACGCAGCGGUGACGCAUAGAAUACGCAGCGGAUACGCAACGGAAACGUAGCGAGACCGCAGCGGAGACGCAGCGUGAACGCAACGAAUACGCAAUGGAAACGUAGUGACACCGCAACGAAAACGCAGCGUGAACGCAACGAAUACGCAACGGAGAGGUUUUAAAUCAGUCUAGCGUUCCUACUACGUUUGAGUUGCGUUUCGGUGAUACAAACUUUGUAUUGUUAAUUUAUCAGUUGUGUAAGCUUAUUAUACCGCUUUCGAUGGUGUUCUUACUAAUGAACAGGCUUUAAAAAUGAUAUUGUAUGAUAUUGAUGAUAUAUUGAGUGCUUUUAUUAUUUAUGUAUAUCAUAACCAACUUCGAAUUGUACGAGGUUCGCUAUUUGACAGUAUUUUUUCUUCAUUCCACACAAAUUUGGCACGAUUCAAUGUUGUUUUUAGCAACAAUUAUUGUAGUGGCAUUUAAAAUUUGUGAUGCAUAAACAAAAUUUGUUUUUUUUUACUGUAAUAUAGGCAUUAGGCGGUAGACUGUCAGAACUGCAGGUUAAUAUUAAGUGGUCUCGUCGUCAUAGAAACUGCUGGGUAUGGAUUCCUUAUGAGUGUAGAUUUGGGGCUACAUUUUUCUUUUUAUAUAUUUAUAAUUAACCGAGAACAAUUCACACAGCGCCAUCUAGUCCCAAGCUAAGCACAGCUUGUAUUAUUACUAUUUAUUUCAGGCAACUAGGCCCGUAUUAUAAAUAGUUUAUAGACUAACAUACAUAUGAAAUAUUUUAAAACUAAAUAUUGUUUGUGUGCUCACUACACUCAUGGCGGCAAUCUGCCACGGUAGCGCCGAUACACCACACCUUUCGGGCAGUAGUCCUCCUUCAUGAAGGGCAGCUUGUUGGGACCCGGGACACAAAUUGGGACAAAGACAACUGAUAUAAGUACUUAAAUUUAAUGGGUGAAUACAUACAUAAUAUACAUAGAAAACACCCAGAUUGAUACAAACAAUCAUACAUUCAAAUACAAAUGUAUGUUACGAGGAAUCGGACUUGCGAAAACCGACGUAAAGCUGCUUAAAGUGA